UUUAUAUAUAUAUUGAAAGAGAUUUUUGGGUGGCUUGUUUAGAUGUUGAUGACUUUUACCAUAAAUCAUUGUGUAUACACAAAAAGGAAGACACAGAAAUUAAGGUAUUCUGAAUUUUCUUACUGCUAAAUAACUUGUCAAUGCAUUUUAUUAUUGUCUGUGGUUUUUCCACACUAUGUUACCUAUGUGUCAUGGAGGAUGCAGCAUUUCUUAAAAGAGUUGUUCAUCUUGUCUUUGGGAUGUUCUUCCAAUCCUCUAACACCAGUUCGGCAUGGCUGAUGUGUGUGAACAAACAAUGACAUCUAUCUCCUGCCUGGCACUUGGCCAACUGCAACUGUAAGACAUCUUGAUAUCAGAGAGGCAAAAUGUGGAAAUAUCUAUGUGUUUGAACUGAUGAAAUAUAGUAGUAUGAUUUAUUCCAUCAUUAUUUCACAGGUUCGGACUUUGAGAGACGGAAUAUAAAAACAGACAAUGGCCAGAUCAUAUUAAUAUAUAAAAAGAGAAUUUUGACUGACCACAACAUGCAACAAUCUGCCCAGGAAACCAGCCCCUUCUCAACAAUAAACAGCCUGCUAUAAGUUAGACUUGCAGGAAGCCAGGUUGCAUUCUCUAAUAACAAUCCUGGAAGCUAAACAUUAACUUCCAUAACAAUUAGCUGCAAAUGAUCAGGACUUGAUUAAUAGCUGAUAGCUUCCCUAAUUUUUGUCCCCUUUCUCCAACUAGAGAAAGCCAAGCAUGCUGCCCUGACCAAUCACAUAGGAUGCCCCACUCCUAGUUAGCCCCUACAGCUUCCCCACACCAAUAGCCUCCAAUCAGGGCAUACCUGAAGCCUUCACUUUUCCCCCACUAUAAAGCUUUCCCAUUCCUCUGCCUGCCUGUGAAUCUCUGCAAAAACACAAGUGAUGGUGACUAUCUGCUAUGACAAACUCUGAAUAAAUAGCCUUUGCUUUUCUCAUCUGGUUGGUCUUCAUUUAUUUUCACAGCUUGUAAGAAAAACAGUAAUGAAACCCUUUGCCUCUUCUUAGGAACUGUACUUGCUGUGUGAACAAACUCCUCUGGGUGGAUGGUUGUCUGGGAUGUGGCCCUGUGAUGUGGACAGGGCAGGCUUCCCACUGACAUGAAUGAAUGAGCGAAAUAAUUUUGGAAGUUUCCACAUUUACCUAUUCUUUUCUUCCUUCCUGUCUCUUUUCUGUUUUUCCUUUGAAGUUCUUGAGGCCAAAUCUGGCUCCUAAAAAACAUCAAAGGAAGCUUGCACCAAACACCCUUGAGGGCUGCCUCUGAAGCCUGCCAUCACCUGCUGUGUGACGCAGAAUGGCGCCCCCUGCUUGUGUGCUCUCCUCACUGCUGCUGCUGGUGACCAUUGCAGGUUGUGCCUGUAAGCAGUGCAGCGAGGGGAGGACGCAUUCCAACGCAGUCAUUUUACCUAACUUGGAAACGACCAGAAUCAUGCGGGUGCCUCACACCUUCUCCAUGGCCGACUGCACCGCCGCCUGCUGUGACCUGGCCAGCUGUGACCUGGCCUGGUGGUUUGAGGGCCGCUGCUACCUGGUGAGCUGCCCACACAAAGAGAACUGUGAGCCCAAGAAGAUGGGCCCCAUCAGGUCUUCCCUCACGUUUGUGCUCAGGCCUGUCCAGAGGCCUGCACAGCUGCUGGACUAUGGGGAGAUGAUGCUGAACAGGGGCUCCCCCUCAGGGGCCUGGGGCGACCCACCCGAGGAUAUCAGAAAGGACCUGCCCUUUCUAGGCAGAGACCGGGGCCUAGAGGAGACAUCUGAGUACUCGGAUGACUACAGGGAGCCGGAGCAGGACCUCUUCCGUCCCAGGAGCAAGCAGGAGCCCAGAGGGAGCGCUGAGUACACCGACUGGGGCCUGCUGCCUGGCAGCGAGGGAGGCUUCAACUCCUCGGCUGCAGACGCGCCAGCGGAUCCGCAGCAGGGCCCGGAACUCCGUAAAAUGAACCAGUCGGCUUGGACGCCUGCCCCAGAACGCUCUCCUGAGAGAAGCUUGUUGCUUCCCUUGGUGACUACUCCAUCUUCAGGAGAGGUACUGGGGAAAGAAGAGGCUUUUGAGCUCCAGGAACAAUCCAGCAACACCUCUGGAAAAGAGGUUCUAAUGCCUUCCCAUAAUCCUCCUCCAGCCAGCCUGGAGUUCAGCCCAGCCACCGUGGAGGAAAGCCAAGUGCUCACAGUCAGCCCGGGGAGCACAGAGCACAGCAUCCCAACGCUUCCCGCUAGCACUGUCCCCUCUGGGUCCACCCUAUCUGAGCGACCCAUAUCUCUUACUACUGCUUCCAGGACAGGCACAUUUUUGAGCAUCUAUCAUGUGCCAGAAACAGUGCUGCUUACUGGAAAUAAAAAGAUGAUUAAGACAUUGUCUUUCCCUCAGGGACUCGGUAGUCCAGGAGAGGAGACUGACAGGUAAAGAGAUGGUUCUGAUGCAAUAUGGUAAGUGCUGUGAGAGGCUGCUAUGGGAGCGGAGAGGGGCACCCUGAGUCACGGGGAGAGGCCAGGGAAGCCUUUCCAGGGGAAAUGGUGCUAGGGGAGAGUGAGCUGGCAAAACUGAGGUUGGCCUGUCAUUCAGGUCGAGGGAGCAAUAUGUGUAGUGACAGUAGCGAUAAUCGUAUUUACUGAGCACUUCUGGAGCGCCAGGCACCAUGCUCGGUGCUUCCGUCUGUCAUCUCAUUCAUUACUGUGCAAGAGAAGAGAAGUACAAGAGCUUAUUGAAAUUGUGGAAGAACUGUAAGAAGUUCAUUGUGGCUGGAACUAGAGUGGGAAACAGGGCAAGAAUUUGAAACGUCAUGUAUUUUUUGCUAAGGAAUCUGUGCUUUAUUGGAUGGAUAUAGAGAAUCAGUCACUGAAUGGUUUUAAGUAGGAAAGCAAAACGAGCAGAUUUGUAUUAAGAAAAUAGUUUGGACUUGAUUGGAGGCAAGAAGACCCAUUAGAAGGCUAUAGCGAGUGGUUGCAGGGAUGGAGAGAAGGAAGUAGAUUCAAGAUAUAAUAAAGGAUCAGAAUCAUUGGGAUUUGGUGAGUGAUUGAAUGUCAGGAUGAAGGAAAAGGACUCUGAGAUAUAUGAACAUAUAGAACUGAAAUUAGACGAGUGGUUGGGUAGAAGAUAAAGGAUUGGGAGUCAUAGGUAUAGAGGUGAUAAUUGAAGACAUGGGGGCAAUAUGAGAUUAUCCAGGCAGAGGAAUACUUUGGGGAUGUCAUCAUAUAAGGAGCUGGAAGAGCAGAGGGAGCCUGCAGAGCUGACUGGGUGAUUAUGCCAAAGGGGUAGGAGAUAAAGAGGAAAGCAUGGAAUGAGGGAAGAAAGGGAGGAGAGAAUUCUGUAGAAGAGAAAAAAACAAUUUUCCCUCUACCCUUCUAAGUUAUCUGGAGCCCCUGUAACAAAAAACA